CUCCACCAUCGUCCAAGCCAUGUCUCGCUCCACCAUAUCGGCAUGCAGAUCCCUCUGCCGUCAAUGGCCCCGCUCCCUCCGUUCUUCCACCCCCGUCAUCCCUCGCGCCCUCCUCCGACGCUCGCCCGUCGCAUGUCCCGUCCGCUCCGUCUCGCAUUACGUCUCCGCCGCGGAGCUCAAGUUCGGCCAGCCGCUCCACGAGACGCAUCCUCACCUUUUACAACCUGGAGAAUUAACCCCCGGUAUCACCGCCCUGGAAUACGCCCAGCGCCGCUCGCGACUCGCCAAUAAACUCCCCCAAAAUGCCGUCGCUGUGCUGGCUGCCAAUGAGGUGACCUAUCGCGCGUCGGGGAUCUUCAAUCAGUACCGACAGGAUUCGAAUUUCUUUUACCUCACCGGUUUCGACGAACCCAAUGCGUUGGCUAUAAUCGUCAAUGACGGCUCCGGUGAUAACCAUAUUUUCCAUCUCUACGUGCGCGGGAAAGAUCCCCGCGCGGAGCUGUGGGACGGUGCGCGAUCGGGCACGCAGGCUGCUAUUGAUGUUUUCAACGCGGACGAGUCCGGCGACAUCGAACGCAUCGGCGACAUCCUCCCCAAAAUCCUUGGCGACGCGACCGAGAUCUACACCGACAUCCCCGCCUUCAACACCGGCCGAUCCUCCCUGCAUCGGUAUCUGUACGGUCCCAUGGGGGCGUCUGACAAGCUGAAGAAGAUCGUCGACCACCGCAAGACCAAGCCUUUGCGUCCUAUUCUCAACGAGAUGCGCGUGUUCAAGAGCGAGGACGAGGUGGUGCAGAUGCGUCGCGUGGGCCAGGCUUCGGGUCGUGCCUUUACCGAGUCGAUGCGCCAGACUUUUACCAUGGAGAAGGAUCUUACUAAUUUCUUGGAAUAUAACUUUAAGAAGAAUGGCUGUGAUGGCAGUGCGUUUGUGCCUGUUGUUGCGGGUGGUUCGAAUGCUCUGGCUAUCCACUAUACGAGGAACGAUGACGUCUUACGACAAGGAGACAUGGUGCUGGUAGACGGAGGCGGAGAAGCCGGAACCUACAUCUCGGACAUCACGCGCUCGUGGCCCGUGAAUGGCAAAUUCUCCGACCCCCAGCGCGAUCUGUACAAUGCCGUGCUGGACGUCCAUCGCAAGUGCGUGUCGCUCUGCCGGGAGGACGCCGACCUGUCGCUGGAUCGACUCCAUUCGGUGGCGGAGAGCGGGUUGAGGGAGAAUUUGCAGCAGCUUGGAUUUGACGUAUCGAGUGAUGCCAUGGGAAUCCUCUUCCCCCACCACCUCGGACACUACGUCGGACUGGACGUGCACGAUUGCCCGGGUUAUUCGAGAAGUUACAGCCUCAAGGCGGGGCAGUGCAUCACCAUUGAACCCGGGGUCUACGUUCCCGACAGCGAUCGAUGGCCCGAACGAUUCCGCGGCAUCGGGAUCCGCAUCGAGGACAGUGUGUGCGUUGGAGACGAGAGCCCGAUUGUGUUGACCACCGAGGCUGUCAAGGAGGUGGACGAUAUCGAAGCGCUUCGUGAUUAGACGCAGGACAUGUCGAUACCUGCAUUAUGUCAUUGCAUGUACUAUAUCUAUCUGUAUAUUUAUGUCAAUC